AGCGUAAAGUACGAAGAAUUGUAACGUUCGAAUGGAACAGCCAGCCAUGUGGUCCGACGAUGAGUCAACGUCACUGUUACUGUUUGAAAGCGAAGAAGACAAGACUGGCUCAAACCAAAUCGCUGAUGAUGAGGACGAGCAGGACAUCGGCGGAGGCAGCAAAAAGCUCCAACGAGCGGCACGCCAAAGCGAGGCAAAAAACGCUCAGAUUGCGGCUGAGGACCGCACUGGGAAAGAGCAGGAAACGGCCAUGGACAACAGAAAGCAGGAUGCGAGUGGCAGGCGCAUGGACGAGAUUGCGUUCGCCUCCAACGAUGACCUUCCGGAUCCGGUGUUGUACGCCGAUGGGUGUGUGGAUGAUAACAAGAUCAUAAUGCUCUGCCAGCGCCAGGAGAUGGAGCGUCUGGGCAUGACGGUAAGUUCCGGCACGGUCAUCAUUAAAAAGGACACCAGCAACCUGAUCGGCAUCAGCAUCGGUGGAGGAGCACCUCUUUGUCCGUGUUUGUACAUCGUUCAGGUUUUCGAUGGAACGCCGGCGGCGCGCGAAGGAACCCUUCAGAGUGGCGAUGAGCUGCUGGGUGUGAAUGGUGUCUCGGUGAAGGGGAAGACGAAGGUGGAGGUCGCCAAGAUGAUCCAAUCCGCGACGGACGAGGUGACGGUGCACUACAACAAACUGCACGCCGACCCGAUGCAGGGUGAAACGCUCGAUAUCGUGCUGAAAAAGAUGAAGCACCGGUUGGUGGAGAAAAUGUCCAGCAGCACCGCGGACACGCUCGGUCUGUCGCGGGCGAUUCUGUGCAACGACUCUCUGGUAAAACGCCUCCAGGAGCUCGAGCGAACCGAGACCAUGUACAAAGGCUUGGUAGAGCACGCCCGAAGAAUGCUGAAAGCCCACUUCGAUGUCCUGCAAACGUACCAGGCGUUCGGGAAUAUUUUCGCCACGAUUAGUGUGCGCGAACCGCAACCGCGGGCAUCGGAAGCGUUCCGCGUCUUCGGCGAGCUGCACCGCAGCAUGGAGAAGGAUGGUAUCAAGAUGAUCAAAUCGCUGAAACCGAUCCUGGCCGAUAUGGGCACGUACCUCCACAAGGCCAUUCCCGAUACCAAACUCACGGUGAAACGGUAUGCCGAUGCAAAGUUCAGUUACCUGUCGUACUGUUUGAAGAUCAAAGAAAUGGACGACGAAGAGCACGGCUAUGCCGCCAUCCAGGAACCGCUGUACCGGGUGGAAACGGGUAACUACGAGUACCGCUUGAUUCUGCGCUGUCGCCAGGACGCUCGGCUGAAGUUUGCCAAGCUACGGAGCGACGUGCUGGAGAAGAUCGAGCUGCUCGAGUGCAAGCAUGCUCGGGAUUUGGCCGCACAGCUGCGCAAGUUUGUGGAAGGACUGACCACGCUAGCGUCAGAAACCGUCGAACGGCUGGAAGCGAUCCCGAACCUGUUCCCGAUCGAGGUGGAUCUGAAAGCGAGCGCCUUCCAAUACAAGUCGGCCAUCAAGUUUCAAGCCGAAGAGUACGUGGACGACGUGGAAACAGUUCAAGCGGAAGAAGCGGUCGAAGAACGGAAUCCGAUGCGAUCGGAUGCUACGAGGGACUCCCAGUCUCUGGGAGAGCUUCGUUCGAACGGCACCGACCUAGAGGGACAGCUCCUGGGAGGAUUCGAUGAAGUUGAUCUGGGCAAAGGACCCAUCGGUGCUACGGAACAGAACGAUCUGCUCAACGAGCUAGGUCUAGCAGGAAUCGAUCUGUCCGUAGGAAGCAAACCCAUCGGCAUGAGCAACCUUAUGGAUGAUCUGUUGGUUCCAGAUGCGGAUUUGUUUAAAUGAAUGUAAAGUAAAUCACAAUUUUAUUAUUCGUUGUGACAUAUCCCCAAGACGCUUUACUUUAACCAAACCCGUUACACCCAAAAGCGCGUUUACUCGUUCCGAGUUGACGUGAUGGUCCAAGAUCCCCUUGGGGAAUAUUGCCCCUUCACAUGAAAGGCGGAAUUUA